AUGUCCACCGCCGUAAUAAACACAGACGACGAUCAACUCGAGCCUACCCUUCAAUCUAUUCUCGAUCAAAAAUCUCUCCGCUGGAUCUUUGUUGGUGGAAAAGGAGGAGUUGGGAAAACCACCACAUCAUGCUCCCUGGCCAUUCAACUCGCUAAAGUUCGUCGUUCAGUCCUACUCAUCUCGACAGAUCCAGCACAUAAUUUGAGUGAUGCUUUUUCACAAAAGUUUGGCAAGGAAGCUAGGCUUAUCAAUGGAUUUGAAAAUUUGAGUGCUAUGGAAAUCGAUCCGAAUGGAAGUAUUCAAGAACUUAUGGGACAGGCGGAGGAGGGUGAGGGACCAGCGGCGGGUAUGGGUGGAAUGAUGCAGGAUUUGGCUUUUGCUAUUCCUGGUAUCGAUGAAGCCAUGUCCUUCGCAGAAGUUCUCAAACAAGUUAAAUCUCUCUCUUACGAGACCAUCAUUUUCGAUACCGCUCCUACAGGCCACACCCUCCGCUUCCUUCAAUUCCCUACCGUUCUCGAGAAAGCUCUCGCAAAAGUCUCGCAAUUAUCCACACAAUUCGGACCUAUGUUGAAUGGACUACUUGGAGCCAAUGGGUCUCUACCAAAUGGACAAAACCUCGGUGAGAUGAUGGAGAAAUUAGAAGGCCUCCGUGAAACCAUUUCCGAAGUAAAUGGUCAAUUCAAAGAUGAAAAUCUCACUACCUUUGUUUGUGUCUGCAUACCCGAAUUUCUCUCUCUCUACGAAACAGAGCGUAUGAUACAAGAAUUAUCAUCUUAUCAUAUCGAUACUCAUUGUAUAGUGGUCAACCAAUUACUUUUCCCCAAGAAAGGAAGUGAUUGUGAUCAAUGUAAUGCGAGAAGGAAGAUGCAGAAGAAAUAUUUGGAACAAAUUGAGGAGUUAUACGACGAGUUUAAUGUGGUGAAGAUGCCCUUGCUAGUCGAGGAGGUAAGAGGGAAGGAGAGAUUGGAGAAAUUUAGUGAGAUGCUUAUUACACCAUAUGUUCCGCCUGCUGGAGGAUUGUAG